CUCUGCUCUCUCUACUCUCUCUCUCUCUCUCUCUCUCAGAUGGGAAACAGAUUCUUGGCCUUGUCUAGGUGGGUUUUGAUAGUAGCACUUCUUGUUGGGUUAUCCGGAGAAACUUGUAACGCGGAAGACGACGGUACUAACUGUACCUCUUCCUGCGGCAAUAUCCACAACAUAAGCUAUCCUUUCCGACUAGAACAUGAUCCAAAGCACUGCGGCGAGGUAAAGUAUACUCUGUCCUGUGAGAACAACAUUACACUAGUAGACAUACCUCAUUCAGGAAAAUACUAUGUCCGGGCAAUCAACUACCACAACCAAACAAUCCGAGUCGUAGAUCCUGGCCUCCAGAAAAACAAUUGCUCCUCCAUGCCUCAAAAUUUUCCACCAUCCUUAACAUCAAAUUUUCCAUAUUAUGUAUUGGAAAGGCUUUCGACACCUGUAUUUUACAUCCAGUGUUCGAAUCCAGUGAAUUCUUCUCUGUACGUGGACACUGCUCCAUGCUUGAAUAUAAAUGCUUCUUCUUUGAUCCGACAAAAGACGUACAGUUAUGUGAAGGUUGGGGUUAUGGAAGCGGGGGAUUUGUAUGAGGGUUGCAGUGCAGAGUGGGUGGCUUUGGCGCUCUCCAACUACUCUGACUACAAUACCUCUUAUGAAUCCAUACACAGUGCCCUCAUGUAUGGCUUUGACCUUUUAGUACUCGACCCUGAUGAAAAAUGCCAAGGCCACCAAUGGAAUGUAUAUGAUAAAUGUUUUCCACACACCAUCCCUGAUAAUAGUCGACGGUUUUUGCCGUUCACAACCACCAGACUUAUAUGGGUGACACUCAUUUACAUCGGCUUAUUUUUUCCAGCAAGACUAAUUUUUGGGGUUCCAUGUCUGAUUGUAUUCGUGAUCUAUAAAUGGCGAAGAAGGCAUUUGUCGAGUUAUAGCAUCAUAGAAGAUUUUCUACAAAGUGAUAGCAACUUUUUGCCAAUAAGGUACUCUUACUCAGAAAUUAAAAAGAUGACCAGUAAAUUUAAGAAGAAGUUAGGUGAAGGUGGUUAUGGCUCUGUAUUCAAAGGGAAGUUGCGUAGUGGCCGUUUUGUAGCAAUUAAACUCUUGGGCAAGGCCAAAGGUAACGGGCAAGACUUCACAAGUGAGGUAGCUACCAUUGGAAGGAUUCACCAUGUUAAUGUGGUGCAACUUGUUGGUUAUUGCGUUGAGGGAUUAAAUCGUGCUCUAGUAUAUGACUUCAUGCCAAAUGGCUCUCUUGAUAAAUAUAUUUAUUCCAAAGAGGAAAGCAUGCCCUUAAGUUGCAUGAAAAUGUACGAGAUUUCUCUCGGAGUGGCUCGAGGGAUUGAAUAUCUGCAUCGAGGUUGUGACAUGCAAAUUCUACAUUUUGAUAUUAAGCCUCAUAACAUUCUUCUUGAUGAGAACUUUAACCCUAAGAUUUCUGACUUUGGGCUUGCGAAAUUAUAUCCCAUAGAUAAUAGCAUUGUCUCUUUGACGGCAGCAAGGGGAACAAUGGGCUAUAUUGCUCCUGAGUUGUUCUACAAAAAUAUUGGAGGUGUCUCGUACAAAGCCGAUGUCUAUAGUUUUGGAAUGUUGCUUAUGGAAAUGGCAAGUAGAAGGAAGAAUUGGAGUACAAUGGUAGAGCAUUCAAACCAAAUCUACUUCCCAUUAUGGGCGUACGAUCAAUAUAACAAGGGAAAUGACUUGGAGAUGAGAGAUGUUAACGAGGAGGAAAAGAAAGUAAUAAAAAAGAUGGUUAUAACUGCAUUGUGGUGUAUUCAAAUGAAGCCAAGUGAUCGCCCUUCGAUGAAUAAAGUUAUAGAAAUGCUUGGAGGAGAUGGUGAAAGCCUAAAAAUGCCUCUCAGACCUUUUCUAUACCCACAAGAAAUGCACGUAGGUGCUGUCCAGGAAAAUUUGAACCCAAUCAGUUCCAACGGGGAGUUAACAUGGACUUUGUCCGCUAGGUGA